UCAAAUGUUCUUGUAAUCUAUUUAUUGUAGAAAUUAUCUUAAAAAUAUCUUAUGCGUCAACACGGCUUCUUAGCUGCGUCAAAAUGGCGGACGAUUUGGAUGAUGAGUGGUGGUUAAAUGAAAAAAAAAAAUCUGUCAGUAUCAAAACAGAAAAAGUAGCAAAAGCUGAGGUUAAAAAGAAAUUUGCCAAUUUAGAUACUGAAAAGAAAUUAAAUGGCAAGGGGAAAAAAGUGAAGCCUACAAUUACAUCAGAAGCAAUUCAUCCUAGUGGCCCAAUCAAAGAAAUCAAGAAGAAGAAAAGAAAAUUAAGCCUAGAUAGAAAAGGUGUGACGUCAGAAACAAUACAGCCUAGUAGCACUAUACAAGAAAUAAAGAACAAGAAAAGAAAACUUAACUUAGAAGGAAAAGAUCUUGUAACAAGAAAGUUAGUCUGCAAAGAUGAUAAAAGAGAACACAUUGCAAAACAGAAGUCAGAAUCUGAAGAUGUUGCAACAAUGGAUGGUAAAAAACAAAAUAAAAAUAAUAAAUCUGGAAAGGAAAAGAAGAGACAAAGAAAAAAAAUAACUGAUGAAUCUGAUGAGACCCUCUCUAAACCUGGAACAGCGGAAGAUGUUAAGAUUAUGCUCACUAAGGCUUUGAAGGACAGAUUAGGAGCAGAAGCUUUUUAUGAUAUCCUGCCAGACACAGAAAAUGAUUACUACCCAGACAACAGUGAUUUGUUAGAGCCAGACAAAUAUCUUAGUUCUGUCCUCACUACCUGGAGGUCAGCAGUCAAGAAAAGUAUUUUUAUGAAGACUACAGGAAGUCCAUGCUUGCUGAUUGUAGCAAGUUCAGCUAUCAGAGCUGUGGAACUGAACAGGCAAAUCAAAGAAUUUCUAGAUGGAAAAUGUAAAGUUGCCAAAUUGUUUGCUAAACAUAUGAAGAUAGAGGAACAGAAAAAAUUUCUUUCAAAAACAAAUUGUCAAGUUGGAAUAGGCACACCUGGUCGCAUUUUGAUGCUUAUUAAACAAGGUGCUCUACAACUUGAAAGUUUGAUUGCUGUUGUCCUUGACUGGAACUGGAGAGACUCCAAAAUGAAGCGUAUGGCAGACAUUCCAGAAGUAAGACAAGACCUAGUUAGUCUAUUAAAAGAUUAUGUUUUAGAGACUGUAAGAGGGUCUUCUUGUAAGCUGGCAUUGUUAUGAUAUCCCUGAGAAUGAAUGUUUUUGCAUUUGCUGUACAAAAGUCUUAUUAAUAUUACAUUUUCAUUGACAUUUAUGUUGUAAGAAGAAUACUUGAAAAGAACAUAUGUUGAAUGAUAAAAGCACCAAUUGGCAAUUAUUUGCUCAGUUUUCUUGAGCAGUAAGAGUGAUAAAAGCUAAAUGUUGAUGAUGAAUCUGUUCAUGGUGAUUGUAUAAUUUCUACUGUCUGCCCAUUAAUGAUGAAUGAUUUUAUACUAUCGACUCAUUUUAUUAUGUAAGGAAAUAGACACUGAAUAAAUCUUAAAAGUUCA